CAAUGGAGCUAUCCUCAACUGUUGGACACAGAGAGAGUUCCUAAGUUGUGUUUCUGCAGGAACCAGGCAGUGCUAGGAACAAACAACUGCUGCCAAGAGCUCAGUGCAGCUCUUCCCUCACCCUGUACCACGCACGACUCACAGCAUUCGCUCUUUUCUCUCUCCAGACAAAAUGCAGCCAGCACAAGGAAGGAAUCACCAGCUGGAUGUUGGUGUUGCUGCUUCAGGCGCAGAAAACCAUCCUCUGGGACCAAACGCCACCUGCAGCACAAUGCCAGGGAGCCCUCAGAAACAGAAGUCGCAGUCCUGGCAGGUGAAUCGAGCCCUUGCCAACCCACAAGACCCAGGGCAAGUAGCAUUGAUGCACUGCGUGCUUCCAUCAGUGGAGAGCUCCUAGGAAGCACGAAUCACUGCAGUUCCAACAGCAGUCUUCUGUGUAACAACAGUGAUGGACAGAAGGAGCUCAUCCAUGUUCACGUUCUGAUUUCUCCCGGCUCAGCUGAGGAUGCUGACCUGAGCCUGCCAGACACCACAGUCACCAGCCUGGCUUGUAACCCAGUGUCUCUGCAAGGCAGCCCAUCCCAAACAGAGGCUGAGUGCAGCCAGGAGCAGGUCAGCAUCAGUGAGGAGGAGCAGAGCCUCUUGGAAGGGGACUUACCAUCAGCCCUCCAGUGCCAGGCACCAGACAGCAGCACUGAGAGCUCUGAGUUGCUCUCUCCAUGACAAGAGAGGAUGAGUCCCAUCUUUAUUCUGGACCUCUCACGCCCUCCUGUCUUUUACAUAAUAAUAAAAGCACACUCGUGCUCAAUCAUC